AGAUCCCGCGCGGCUCAAACACUCGACACACACCGCAACAUGCACGCGUAUCUCGCGGUCGCCCUCGCGCUCGCGGCGCCCGCGCUCGCUCUACCCCGCGACCGACUUGGGUACGAAAGAGAAAUAGACACUACCAAUUUCAAUCAAGUGCCGAAACUGCUCGACUCGUACGUUCUGAGUGACGAAUAUUUAGCCGCGCAGAAGAACAGAGGGAAUAAACUAAUAACUAGGUUCAAACCAGAUGAACCGGUGGCAUACGACAAUGUGAUAUUAGAAUCUAAUGUAGUAACAAUAUUACGACCAGAGAAGAAGCGAACCGAGAGCGGCUCUAAUACGGAACUGGUGAGGCGGCGGCGAGGGUACAAUUUGGAGAACGUGAGGGUUCCGGCGAGGUAUCCCUACCUGCCUGUCCCGCAAUUCAACCGAUUUCGCAGAUGGGGCUAGUGGCCUCGGCAGAGGGCGCGCCACUGAGCGAGACUCCAUCAAAUGUCAAGGCUGCAGCCUCUGCCGCUGUGGACCAACCGUGCCGCGAGCGUUUCUCCCAUGCAUCCCACAUGUGUGAUCUGCGCAUCUUUGUGCACUAGGACUAUUGCUUUACUUUUAUAUAAAAACGAUGUGGCUGUGAUCGAACGCUAAUGUUAUGCCGUCACUUACGGUUUGAAGGCAACGAUUGACAGAUUAAGUUAUGUAGUUAGAGUAUCGAAUAAUUUAAGUGUUAUUAUUAAUAUA